AUGAAUUUUCAAGAAUAACUUUAGUAAAUUAUUUAAGGAAUAUUCUCUCAAAAUAAUUAGAGCAGGAAACAAGUGGAGGAUCUGUUGGCUCAACUUAGGGAAGCAUAACCAAAUGAAUUUGUGAUAUAUAUGCUCAAUCUUUGUCGACAUGAGGAAAUAAAAAUUAGGCAAUUUGCUCCUGUUUACUUGAGAUAUAGUCUAUCCAAAUUUGCUCCUAAGAGUCAUAAGAAUGUCUGGAGUAAUUUGGUACCAGAAACUAAAGAAACUAUCAAAUUGCGUCUGUUUUAAUUUAUUGAAGUGGAAAAUAGUAGUAAUGUCAAAAAUUAAUUGUGUGAUACGAUAGGAGAAAUAGGCGGUUCUUUGUAUGAGGAUGAUAAUCAUAAUGAAUGGCCAAACUUAUUACCGACGUUGUGGCAAAUGUUCCUGUCACCAAAGAAUGAUAUAAUAGAAUGUGGAUUUAAAAUACUUGGGAAUCUCUUUACGUAUUCGAUUGAUCAAUUCGAUAAACAUUCACAAGAUCUUCAUACUUUGUUUGUUCAAGGAUUGGCUAGUCCAUAAAUUAAAAUUAAAUCCUCUACAAUGCAUGCUCUGGGCAAUUAUAUAAAAUACUCAUUGCCAACUUAGUAUAAGAUAUUUUAGGACUUGAUUUCAAAUAUGAUGAAGGCUGCCCUCGAAAUUACAAUAUCAGAUUUACCCUUAGGUGAAGGUAUCAUGGAAGUGUUCUCAGAUAUAGUGGAAUCUAAACCCAAAUUCUUCAGAAAAUAGUAUAAUAUCUUCUUUAAUGGUAUUUAAACUAUCUUCAGAGAUUCCCAAAUCGAAAUUGGGGUAAAAAGGAUUGGAACUGAAACCCUAUUGAGUUUGGUUGAAAAGUUUCCAGGACUGUUCAAAUUUGAAAAAGUCUACUUGAUGUAAUUGGUUGAAAUGAUAUUCUUUCAUAUGAUUUAAAUAAGUUCCACAAUUAGUGAUGAAUGGAAGAGACCCCCAGAAGGAUUCAACGAUAAUUUAGAGCAGGAUGAGGAUUAAGAGACAACCAAUUUUGGAAUGUCUAGUAUAGAUAGACUCAUUGAAUCAUAAGGCAAAAAGGAAAUGUUACCAGUAUUAAAUCCGAUAGUAAGUGAAUUGUUAAGACAUCAAGAUUGGAGAUAUUAGCAUGCUGCAAUAAUGGCACUAUCACAAGUUGGUGAAUACAUUGACUAAGUGGCUGACAUCAAAACAACAAUCGAUCUAAUAUUGCCUAUGCUUAAUAAUAGCAAUUCUAUGAUUCGAUAUGCUGUGUGUCAUGCCAUUGGUUAGAUUUCUGAUGAUAUGAAACCAAAAUUCUAGGAGGCUUAUUUGCAUUAGGUGGUUCCAUAAUUCUUGAAUCGACUUACUGUGGAAGACGUGCCAAGAGUGAAUUCUCACAUUUUGGCUGCCCUCACCAAUUUUGUUGAGGGUACCGACAAAGGCAUUGAAGCAUAUUUGCCUAAUUUAAUCUAGUUAUCUAUCAAAUUUUUAACUGCUGGAAUUUCCAUUGAGAAAGAAGGCGCCAUAAGUGUUAUUGCAGCCACAGCAGAGUCAAGCAAAAAACUAUUCGUUCCUUAUGUCAAUGAGUUGAUUCCUCUCUUAUUCUAAAUCUUUUCAACCCAUUAAACAAAACAAUAUAGACAGUUGAAAGGUUAGGUUAUUGAGACAAUCACUUUAAUAGCUUCAGCAGUAGGAGAGUAAGUGUAUCUUCCCUACCUAUAAUAGACAGUUUAGAUUCUAAUUCAAGUGUAGACAAACAACUUGGAAACUGCUGAUCCACAGAAGUCUUACGUAUUCUCAGGAUGGCAAAGAUUGGCAUUGGUUUGUCCAUAACAACUGACCAAGUAUCUUGGAGACGUAGUGCCUUCAUUAUUUCAAUUAAUUGAAUAAGUGUUUAAUCUCAAUACUACAGGAUCAACCAACGAGGAGGAGUUGCAUACUUAUGACAACGAGGAAGCCUAGGUUGCCAUUCACACCUUAUCAGUAUUCAUCUCAGAACUCAGACAGUCUUUCUUCCCCUUUGUUGAGAAGUGCAUUAAAUUAAUAGUGCCAUUGUCCUAAUUCAAUUCAGAUUCAAACAUUAGAAGUUCUGCUUGCAAAUGUCUCGUCAGUUUGGUCAAGAAUGUUAGAGAAACUAAUAAUCCUUAGUAAUUGAUGAAUGGGGCUAAGUAUUUUCUUGGGAUUAUAUUGGAGGCUGCCUUUAAGGAGUAUGAUCCAGUUGUCAUCAUUGAACAGGUUGACAGCAUCAAGGAAAUCAUUGAACAAGUCUCUUAGCCAUUUAUGACCACCGAGGAGGUCACAGAACUGUCAGAUAAAGUAUUUAAGUUAUUACUCGAAUCAGAUAAAAGAAAGGCUGAGAAUGAGAAUAUGGCAAAGGAUGAAGAUGUGGAUGAGGAUGAGAAGAAUGCCAUUAAGGAGGAAACAGAGACUGAAGAAAAUCUACAUGUUAAAAUUGCUGAAUGCAUUGGUUCGCUAUUCAAAACGCACAAAGAAUUUGUUUUUACACUUUAUGAAAUUAUUUGCAAUCAAAUAUUACCCAAAGUACUUGACCAGUAAAAAUCUCCUAAGAUGCACCAAUUUGGUAUUUGUCUAAUUGACUACAUGGUUGAGUAUUUGGGAUUCCCAUAUAUACAAAACAAAUUCAUUGAUCUGGCUCAAGCAUUAAGUGUGUAUGCAUGUGAUAGAGUGUGCUUUGUGAGAUAGGCAGCUGUAUAUGGAAUUGGUGUGAUGGCUAUUAAGACUCCAUAGGAAUUGUAUUUGCAAGUCUCGCAAUCUCUAUUGAAAUCUUUGGUUGAAUCUUUGAAAUUACAAAUAAAUCAAGAAGAUAAUGAGAAAUAGUUUGGAUUAGCAAGGGACAACUCGAUCUCUGCUUUGGGCAAGAUCAUCAAGUCACAACCGAAAUCGCUUGGAUAAGAUUUAAUAUAGGGUAUGGAAACCUGGUUAUAUUUAUUGCCUUUGCAAUAUGAUAAACGAUAGGCUUACAUCCAGCAUAAUCUGCUGGCUGAAUUCAUAAUUUAAGAUGGAGAUCAAUUUGUCAAUGGGAAACCUGAAAAUGCAUUAUAAAUACUCAAGGUUAUUGCUAAUUGUUAUAAAUCAAAGUGGUCUUCACCAUAAGUUGAUUCUAAUAUAGUGAGUGCACUUAGGAUCUUUGAAUAGUUAGAUUCAGUAAAAGUAAAUGUCCAGGAAAUAUUUUAAAAAUUGAGUCCUGAGGAUCAGAAGAAAUUAUUGGAAAUACCUAAAUGA